CAAAUUACUCGAAAUACCUAAAUUACAAGCACGUAUUCAAGAAUUAUCUGAAUUAAAGCAAUAAAGCCUCCUUAAUAAUCAAAAACACAAUCAAAUUCAAUGCUGAUUUAAACAGAAACACAUCUUACAAGUGAUCCUGAAUUCUAUCAAGAUUCAGCUAUAUUUCAAAUUGCUUUAUCAACCAUCACAUUUUAUUGCCAUAUCCACCGAGAAGAGAACAUUGAGUAUAUCAAGACCAAUCGAAUCCGCACAGGCGACAUUAUUCGACUCUAUGGUGUGUUGAUUACUGAGCCUAAACAAUACAUCAAAAUCUCUUCGUUGGCAUUAAUCACAUUCUCAAAACCAGGCAAGAAACGCAAGAUGGAUGAAAUCUUGACGGAUCCUUUUGUUUGGUUUGCGGAAAAUGAAGAAAGAUCCAUGCCAACUAAAAGUCUGACACCUAUGUCGAUGUCUCCUUUGGAUGCUACUUGUACACUCAAGAAAUUCGAGCAUUAUAUUGAAUUCUCAGGUAGUUUUUAUCAUUAUUUUUUUUUUCUAUAUGGUCAAGCACAAUUUGUGUGUCUGCAUGUCACUCAAAAUACAAACGAGUGUCAUAAAAGCAAUGUCAAGCAUGAAUUAGAAGUAUGUCAGCAACAAAAUGCUCGAGAGUUGAAUGGGUUAAUAACAGAUAUCUAUCAAACUGCAACUGAAGUGGCCAAACGAGGAUUGAGCAAGUUGUUUGUGCUUUCGUUUGUUAACAAGGCUACUCUGUUUAUAGAUAAAAUAAACGAUUUGCUCAAGACAUGCGAUGUACCAGUGCCUGAGGGACUCGAGAUUGAUCAACGGGUUCCUUUACCUAGUGACAUUUACCAUUUCUAUAUAUGGAAUUGCUCCUAGUGGCUUAUGUGUUCAUGUAGAAAGGCAAAAUAAAU